UUCAUUGCAAACAUGGGGAGUAAAAGCAAGAGGAAGAAGCAUUUGCCGGAAACCAGCUCCGACGAAUCACCGUCGUCCUCUCCUUCAAGCUCCGACGACUCCGACCGCUGCUCGAAACGGCGUCGUCGCCACCGUCACAGAAGCGACGACAGCUCAAGAAGAGAGAAAGAGAGGAGAAGGGAGAGGAGAGAGAACCGGCGAAGUAAGAGAGAGACGAGGCGGAGCAAAUCGAAGUCGAAGUCGAAGUCGAGGAAGAAGAAGAGGGAUUAUGACUCCGGUUCGGAGUCUUCGAGCGGUGGCGGUGAUUCUGAGCCGGAGAAGAGCCGGUUUGAGCCGCAAGAGGUUUUGCGAGACUUGUUCAGUGAAUUUCCUAAUGUUGGAGACGAUUUGAAGCAGCUUUUGCAAAUGAUUGAUAGCGGGCAAGCAGUUGAUAUAAAGGGAAUAUCAGAAAGAUCUUUGAUUAAGCAUCUAAAAAAGUUAUUUCUUUCAUUAGAACUCAAAGAAAGUGAUUGUGUUUUUGUACUGCCUUCAAAUGUUCGUCCCACUUUGGAGGUUGUUGGGAUCAUGAUCCCGACGUCUUUAGAUACCAAACCUCCAUUAGGUGAGAUGCAUUCAGAACAACGGGAUGAGGAAUACAAACAAGUGGUUGGUGAUGAUAAUAUGACACUGCCUUGUUCGGAUGAUAAUGUUGCUGGUCCUAGCAGAAGAAUAAUUGGCCCUGCAAUGCCAUCGGCUGAGCUACUUGCUGCUGCAGCCAAAUUGACAGAAGCACAGGCCGAGCUCAGGGAAGUGGAGUUGGAGGAGGAUGAUGGAACCUUCAUAGGGCCUCCACCACCUGCUGUUGUUGCUGAAGUUGAAUCAGCUAAUGAAGCUGAACGGUUUGAAGAGGUCACGAGGAUCAUGGAUUCCGAUAAAAAUAGUCCAUAUGAUGUUCUAGGAGCAAACCACAAUAUGGCUCCUGAGAACAUGAAGAAAAGGUACUGGAAGAUGUCUCUUUUGGUGCACCCUGAUAAAUGCUCACAUCCUCAAGCUCAGCAAGCAUUUGUCAAGUUGAACAAAGCUUUUAAAGAAUUACAAGAUCCAGAAAAGCGGAAAGUGCUGGAUGAGAAGAUUAAACUCAAGGAGGAGCAUGAAAAAUUCAAGCUGGAGUUGCGAGCAAUGCGGGAAGCUGCACAAUGGAGAAAGUUACAAGGAAUAUCCAUGGAGGGUGAUGAUGAGCUACUGGCAGACAUGGAUGUUAAAGAGGAACCCAAAAGAGAUGAGUGGAUGACAACGCUUCCUCCUGAGCGGAGACCUGGUGGUAUGCCUACGCAAUCAACAAAAUUUAGCAGCACCGUUAAAGAAGGACGUGGUGAUACAAGUGCAUGGACUGAUACCCCUUCUGAUAGAGCCCAGAAAGCUAAGAUGGAUUACUUGGAAGCAUAUAACAAGGCUGCAUCACUUGCUUCAAAUGAGGAGAAGAAAAUGAAUAGUUCAGAUGCAGAUUUGGUGGACAGAUACAACAAAGAAAAACGAUCAAAAUCAUUGGUAGAAAAACAUGAAGAGACUGCAAGCCGCCCAAAGAAAAAAUCGAAGCAACCCUUAGAGAAGGAGAAGAAGGAAGAAUGGGUAGGAAAACAUCCGUGGAAGCCUUGGGACCGUGAAAAGGAUUUGACAGCCGGUAGACAAAGUGUAAAACUGGAUUCCGAUAACAUGGCUCAAGGUUUAACGUCUCGGUUUUCUGCGGGAACCGUUCAGAGAAACUUCCUUUAGCCACAAACGAAUCUAGGGUGAUUGCUUUUUUCCAGGCUUAUCAGAACUUUCUUUAUACAUGAAUAGUACCUUGAGUUGUAUUGUACAUGCAUGAUAGUACAUUUGUAUUCUUCUGUCAAUUUUCUUGUUAACAAAA